AUGGAUCUGCUUUGUCAGAUCUUCUUGAUUAAACCGGACCGGAGGCAAGGGAUUGCUGAUGACAUUCUGACCUCCCUGGAAAAGCUUCCCGUCGGCAAGCAGAGCUCGAGGCAAUUCAAACUCUCUGAUGGAGGCAGCAUUCAGCCUGUUUCGGCUCUGAUCAUGCGACUGGUCCAAGCCAGCACUGGUCGAGUGGACUCGAGCGAUGCAGCAGGUCGUGCAGCCCUUCUACGCAGUGUGGGUGACGACGAGGAUGUCGAAUAUGACCAACUACAGACGGCGACAAAGGAACAGGCUGCGGCAACAAUUCUCAACGAGGAACAAGGGGCCCAGCAGCACGCGGUUGCCAUCCACGAACUGGAAGCUGUCGCAGCGCCGCUCAGUGAUUCUGCGUGUCUAAAGGCUUCUCACGUCAUCAACUUCAUCGUCAAAAGGGCCAUUGGCUCCACGAAAAGCCGUGAUACGCCUUAUCGCAACCUGCUGGACAUGUUCGUUGAAGACUUUACCACAUGUCUGGGCUCACCGGACUGGCCCUCGGCCGAACUACUCCUUCGGUUGCUCGUGGCUACGAUGGUGCAGCUAUUCGAGGCACCAAAAACCGCCGCCCUUGCGAAAAAUAUGGCACUGGAGUUGCUUGGGACUAUGGGAGCCGCGAUUUCCCGACUGCGGUCGCACGUGAAGACGGCCAGCGAGUCCGAAGGCAGCGACGCAGGCGAAUUGACUCAGUACCUUUCAGACCUGGCCAGGCACGUUCUCGAGAAGAAGUGCCAUAUUGAGAAUAUCGUUGCCUCGUCUGACCCGUUUCGCGCGACGUUGAAGUACCUCCAAGACCGAUGCUCCGAGGGUCCGCACCAACCCAGCGCUGUCUCUUUUGUGAUCACGGACUGGGCGAGCAAAAUUCACUCUGGAUAUGAUUCCAUAGAGGAAGGCGACAGUGAGCGACAUCAGGAACUUGGCCGGUUAGCCUACUAGCUCAGAAUGAUGAUUGACGGCAAGAAAUGGCUUCUGAACGAAUACACCUUUAAGACGGUGACAGCAAGCCAGGCAAGAUUUGCCCUUUCCAUUAUCCUCCUUCGCUCUCCGCUCUGCGGAUCGUUUAGUAAGAUCCUCGACAUCUUGCUUGCUUCCAUGGCCAGCGGCCAGGCCACUGUUCGCAGCAAGAGUCUUAAGAGUCUGAAUCAGAUCCUGGAGACCGAUCCUUCCAUCCUGGAUGGCGACUCAGCGGUCAUCUAGCUAAUCCUCAAC